UACGUGCGCGUUGACAUUUUUGCAGCGCUUUUAAUUUAUUAUUAUUAUUUAAAGUUACAAAUUAAGGAGUAGGAUGCGUGUUGGUCCCUAGAUUGGGUUCGAGCGCCGCAAAAACGUUGCCUAUCCCCACGAGACCCAUGACUAAAGCGCUGGAGGGACGGUAUACGUAUUUUUUGGAGACGGUCUGCCUCGUCAGUUGCAAAAAUAGUUGAAUAGUAAAAGCCAAUAAGGCAUUAGCCGCGGCUAAGUUAAGUUAGAGCGCCCAAACGAUGCACAUGCGACUGCACUUAGUGCGCUUUAUGUACAUAAAUCUGCUGCUAAGCUGCUGUUUCUGGUUGUACGACAAUGUGGCAGCUGCAGAUGCACAAACGCAAAGCAGCGAUGGCGAUUCGGGCUCGUCUGCGGGAACCACGGAUGCGGCCCGGAAGACCCACUUAAGCACGGAAGAACCGGCGGCGCCUCCAAAACCGGAUCCUCCGCCCCCGCCACUCGACGACGGAGCUGGCGUUCCAUGGCCCGCUCUAGAUGGUGGAGAACCCAUCCCUUCGGCAGCCUCCGCGGAGUCCCCGUCUGGCACUCGGCCAAUAUCCGGGGACACGUCAGUGCCCGAGGAGGAACGGCCCACGUUAGCCGCACUUCACCGUGCAAGUAGCCGUAGUGAAUACGUUAGUGAAUUCGAUUUAGCCGCUGAUGGUGACGCCCCCUCAUCCACCGCCCAAGUGCCAAAUAAUCAAUUAAAUUAUAAUAGCCGUAAUAGUGCCGGGAAAGUGCAUAGUUUUAGUGAAUCGCAGCAAUUAGAGCAACCAAAGGAAUUGGAGGAAGAGGAGGAGGAGGUAAUACAAUCGCCGCAGCUGGAGCAGCAACAACAAACGCAGGCGGAAGAAAGCUUUCCAGAGAUCAUUACGGAGCUGCCAACUGUCACAAUUACAGAGCUGCCCCUGGAUCGCGUAAGGAACAGCUUGGAAUCGGUGAUCCUGGACGACUCCCAGGUUACGCCGGGCAACCACAGCGAUGAGGAGCAACACCAACAGCAGCAAUCUCAUCAGGAUCAGCCCAAGAAGGCACUUGAGGCCGACAAGGAAGUGCCCCAAAAGGAUGAGCAAAUGCCGAAGAUAAAUGAUCCCGGAGGAGGCGUCGAACUAGAUGGAGCAGCCGCUCAGGAAGCAACGCCAGCAGGUGAAAGCAAUGCGAUCAGCGAGGAGCUGCAGCCUACAGGAGGAUCUUCUGGAUCACAUGCAUCCAAUGAGACAGAGGCCACAGCUAACCUGACGAACGCCAACGAGGAGGUCCCCAUGCCUGUUUUCUCCGAAUGGGCGCAAAAGCAAAUGGAGGCUGAGGCCAGCCGAGAGCAGGCCAUGGAGUUGGAGCAGCAGGUGGUGAAUAACUCUGCCCAGCGUAAGAAUAACACGGGAUCGUCGGGUGGAAAGCCGCCGUCGCUAAUGCUGCGGUCCAAGAACUACGCCUCGCCGGAUUGCGGAGCCAAGAUCAUCGCGCACAAUUCCGAGUCCAAGCACACGGAGGCCGUGCUCACCACAUCCAGGGAUGAGUAUAUGCUGAGCAUUUGCGAAAGUCGGAUUUGGUUCGUCGUAGAGCUGUGUGAGGCUAUUCAGGCCCAGAAGGUGGAUGUGGCCAACUAUGAGCUCUUCAGUUCGUCCCCCAAAAACUUUACGGUGGCCGUGUCAAAGCGAUUCCCCUCCCGGGAUUGGAGCAAUGUGGGACGCUUUGCGGCAGAAGACAAACGAACGAUCCAGACCUUCGACCUGCACCCGCACUUAUUUGGAAAGUUUGUGCGCGUUGAGAUCACCUCGCACUAUAACAACGAGCACUUUUGUCCACUCUCGCUAUUCCGAGUGUUCGGCACCUCCGAAUACGAGGCUUUUGAGACGGAAAUUCGGCCCAGCGAUGACCUAGACGAUUUCUACGAUGAUUAUGGAGCCCAAGAACAGAAGGCAGCCGUGGGCAGUGGUGGCAACAUCUUUCAAAGCGCCUCGGAUGCGGUGAUGCAGAUUGUCAAGAAGGCAGCCGAGGUGCUGGUUAAGCCCACAAAGGCUCUGAAAUGGUCAGCGGAAUCGCUGCUCUGCCAAACGCCUGCAUUUGAGGCGUACAGCUGCAAUGAAUGUAAUAGCACUUUGGUGGAGAGGAUCAACAGCAUGCUGUCCUGCCAGAUUCAGCAGCUGCAAGUCCUGCUUAGUCUCACUCGUUUGAGGUCAGAUCUUCUCCGGAGUCGCGUGUGCCAGGAGGAUUUCGGCAUAAGUCUAAUGGGCUCACAGUUCUCUAGUAAAAUGGGCAAGGAACAGAGCUAUUUUCUGACCAUGCUGCCAGCGGAACAUGUUGGAGCUAUGUGUAAACUGAUCCAGGCGGAGCAGAAUGUAACUGAUCAACAGCAAAUCAAAGCACCGCCGAUAAAGCAACAGGUCAGCUCACCGGAGAAACUGAAGGAUAAUGCAACAGUUUUGGGAGUUCGUCAAGACUGUGAGAACAACGAAGGAAUCCCAACAAGAAGGGCCCCUGAGAAGGAGCCUUCAACGCCCAGUUUGGAGGUUGUGGUGCCCGAGUCCAGCCAGGAAGUGCCUUCAGCGGAGGACCAGUCGUCGACGUCCAGUGAAACAAUUUCUACCACGAACUCUACGCCAGCUGAUGUGAAUAUAUUCAAUGUGCCAGCGGAUUCCGAGGAAGUGGUGCCAAAAUUGAAGCUCCCUUUGGAGCCAAGUCUGUCAACAACUUUGGAGGCCAGCGAUGUUGAGACCUCCACCAACGCACCAAGCCCCACUGUGCCUUCGUCCUCCAGUGAAGCUUCACUGGCCGGAGAUCUGGCCAUUGAGGAAGGAAAUCCGGCUAAUUGGGAAAGCAUUGACAGUCUACUGACCACCACGGUGGCUUCGAUAACUGCUGGGGGUGGAGCGGCCGCCGCUGCAGCAGCUGUGGUGAACGGAAACGGAAAUCUGGGUAUGACAGGCGUCACUGGAGCAGCUGGAGCAGCUGGAUCAGCCACGGCACCCGGUGUGAAUCUGCAGCAGAAACUGACGAAUGGCCCCCAGUCGGAGAGUGUGUUCAUCAGACUCUCCAACCGCAUAAAGGCGCUCGAACGGAACAUGUCGCUGUCAGGACAGUACCUGGAGGAGCUCUCUCGGCGCUACAAGAAGCAGGUGGAGGAGCUGCAGCAAACAUUGACGCAGCAAACGCUGACGGUGCGUCAGCUGGAGGAUCAGAGCCGGCGGUAUGUGGAGCAGGAGCAGCUGUACCAGCAGCAGAGCGCGGAGCUGGCCGGCGAGGUGAGGGCGCUGUCGUACCAGGUGCAGGCCUGCAUCCUGGUCAUCAUUAUUGUGGGCACCUGCAUCUUUCUGAUGCUCGUCCUUGGCACCGUCUACUAUCGCAAGUUGCGGCGCCAGCAGCAGCAGCUGAUAAAGAAGGAUCAGCCGGGUAAUCCACCUGCGGUUACCAAAACCAAGCUGGAUCGCCGCAAGUCCUACGAACAGAUGCCGAAUCAAACAACGCCCAAGCAACGACGGCCCAGCGAGGAGGCCAUGCUCAUUCUGAAGGAGUGCGGGGACACUAUUUUGCAGGAGCAGAAUCAUCCAAACAGGCAGCGCAAGAUUUCCGUUUGCUAUGGUAGCAACAAUAAUAUUGCCGCCAAUAUGCUAAGUGCCACCACAAACGGCGGUUCCAAUGUCCGCAGUUCCCUGCACAGGCGCAAGGGAGCCAAGCACUCCUGGCACAACAGUCUGGAUACGACGGAGCCAUGCUGCGGCGAGCAAACGGACAAGUUCUUCGAUGUGGACACCCUCAGAAGCAUAAAGCAAAGCUCUGGCAAGGCGGGAAAAAAGAAAUCCCAGCAGCUGCAACAGCUGGCUCUAAAGCGACAGGAAUCCGCGCCAGCUAGCUUCACGCAGGAUCUGCUAGCAGAAGAACCGGCCACGCAAAGCGACUUCGAUGAGAGCCUGAUGCUGGACAAUGAUGAUCUGGCCAACUUUAUACCCACAAGCGAUUUGGCCUACAACGAAUUCAUGCCCGAGGGACCAUCUGGCUACCAGAUACUGGACACAGUAGACGGGAAGACAGAGAAGGAGCAGGGUACAAAGAAGUCGCGACGCCUGUCCUCGCCAGCGUUCUUCAAGUCGCCAUUUAGCAAGAGCAAAAACAAGGGCUACGGCUUCAAUGGCAUCAAGAACAGCCACUCGGUCCACGAGCCCACGUCCUGGGAGUGGUACCGCCUGAAGCGCAGCGAGAAGCACCAGCAGCAACAACAGGCGAAGCUGGCCAGCAAGAGCAUGCCCAGCGCCAGUUUAGACAGCUCGUCACUGUCGGAGGUCAAUUUUCCCCUGAACGCUAGCACCGCCAUGCAGAAUUCCUUCCGGAUACUGGGCGAGGCCAUUCUGUCCUCCGGGGAGGGACGGAUCACCCCGAAUGGGAAUGGCAAUGCCACGUCCGGUGGUCUGGCGAGCAGCAGCAGUGGGAGUGGUGGUAGCACCACCUCAUCCACAACCAAGAAGAAGCAACGCGCCCUAAACAACCUUUUUCGGAAGGCUUUUGAUUUUUAACUAGAACCCAGUGUUUUCAUUUAGUUAACAUUUUUACAUCAGCGUAUAUUGUAACUAUUAUGAGAGAUUCGGAUAGAACCUGCUGGGUUUUGCAUUCGAUAAAUUGUUUGUACAAACGAAUUGUUAUUUUUUGAGGAUUUUGGAGAUGCCCGAGAAGUGAAGAUGAAAGUGAGAGUUCCUUUUGUGUUGCAGUGAAAUGCAAAUGACUGUUAAGCGAAAAACAACAAAUUUAAGUAUAGUACUUAUAUAUUUUGUAGUGUGCUUCAUUGCGUAGUCUAAACCAGCCUAGGUUAAUUGUGUACGUAUAUUCCAAGCCUCGUAAUUCUUGCUAUAUUCGCCCGUUCCCACGAUUAUGUACUUUAAGUGAUGAACGAAACAUUUGCAAAUUAUUGCCACACAUUUAGUUUGUUAUUCCUAGCAAUUUCUACAUAAAAUUAGUUAAUAGAAUAGUCUUUAUUUAUAACUAAAUACAAAUAACAUUUAUUUAAAAACUUAAA